CUCCCAAUAAACAGGGGUCUGAUUAGUAUUAUCAGGUUGGCAGGCCGUCGUUGUUCUCGCCUGGUCCAGUUGUUCCCCGGCGCCCCACAGCGGACAGCUCUCAGGUCUCUCUCUCUCUCUCUCUCUUCAGGGUUCUGUCCUCUAUCCUCUCUCACGCUCCCUCUACUCUCUUCUCUCUUCUUCGGUGCACGGAUCCGUCGAAUCUUGGAUGUCCUGCCCCAGGUGGUCAUGUAAUCUACAUAUGUACAUGACCUGCAUCUCCUGCCAACAGCAAAAAUCCCACACCCAUUCGAUCGGGCAUCUCUCUCCCUCCACGUCUGUCGUCGUCCAACGCGUCCCGAUCCGGAAGUUCAUCGACUUUGGCGGGCUUCGACCUGCUCCCGACUCUGCUUUCAUCUCAUGACCGGCACAGGACCCGAUGCAGGGCCACACAGCUCCCCAGAUGGGCCCACUCCGCGUACGCCGCCCGGGAGUACUAAAGCAGAGUAUUGUCACCCCUGGUCACCACGCAGCGGUGCCGCAAGUCCAAAGUCCUCACCACCCGACUCGCCGUCGCUGAGUCUCCAUUCUCUGGGGAUGUCUCCGUUCUCCCCCUUGCUCCGGCACCUCUCGUCGCCCUUCGUCAGGUCGUCGUCGCCCCUGCAUCCUCCAGACCCAGACCCAGACUCAGACUCAGACUCGGAACCUUCAGACCAGGAGGACAUAGUGCAAGACAGUAGAGAUGUGCUCGUGCAACGCCUCAACGACCUCGCCGCUCAGCUCAGCCGGAAGGAGCGCCUUAAGGAGGAGAGCAUCAACAGUCUUCAUGCUAGGGUAGAUGAGAUGGAGACGGCCCUCUCUCUUACAGACCGUCCAGCGAAACGGGCCCCACCGAGAUCUAAGCCGGCCGGUUUGGCUCUCCAGACCCCUAAGAGUGAAGGCGACCCCUCUUGGGUGCCGCUGACACCCGGGCGGAUCAUACCCAGCAUCCCGAGCAUAUCGUUAUCCGCCCAGAAUUCUCCACCCAGGCGGGCAUUCGGGGAGAGUACCGAUACACCUGGGGCGAGAGCCGCUAACGAGGUUGGGAUGUCGCCAGAGCAGGCUAGACGAGUAGUUGCGGAGGUGCAGAACCUGUGCAAGGAGCUAGAAGCCGUCUCCGCGAAUCUGCGGGCUCGGCAGGAGGAGUCGGAUCAUAUCCACGAACUGCUCGUCACACGGGCUGAGCGAGCGGCCCAAAAAAUCAUCCAUCUCGAGAGGCGGAUCAAGGAACUUGAAAGCGAGCGGAACGAAGGUGAGAUGGAGAUGCUCAACCUACAAAUCCAGCUAAAGGCAAUCGAGGUUCAGUGCUUAAGCUAUGUGCCUGAGAAUGCGGACGAAGACCUGCGAGAGAGCAUUUCCACUUGGAAGACGGAGUGGGCUACCUUGAAGCGUAGGAGGGCGCGGAGGAAAGCUGGCGGGGGCGAAGAUGCUAGGACACCGGGGACUCCGACGAGACAUCCGAGGGACAUGGCCGCAGCAAGCUAAGUGCGGCGCGUGUGUGUACACCAUUCAUUACCUGUGGCAGGUGAGGCGGGUGGUCUGUUGGACCAAGACUGACCGGAGAGGCAAACGAAGACGACGAUCAGGCAUGUUUUCCCUCACCACCGGCUAGCUU